AGAGAUGUCAUUAAUUUGGAACCCACACGUGACGAUGUUGUCAGCUGCGUUUCUAAAGGAAAAAGCCAAGUUUUCGAUUGCAAAAAUCACAUUCGUGUCAUACAAUCAAUGCAGCAAGGCAACAGGCUUUAUAUCUGUGGCACAAAUGCUCACAAUCCCAAGGAUUAUGUCAUCUACUCAAAUUUAACCCAUUUACCUCGCUCCGAAUACGUGAUCGGUGUUGGCUUGGGCAUUGCUAAAUGUCCUUACGAUCCACUUGAUAAUUCAACAGCAAUUUAUGUCGAGGAAGGAAAUCCCGGUGGAUUGCCUGGCUUGUACUCGGGCACAAAUGCGGAGUUUACAAAGGCGGAUACUGUGAUCUUUCGUACGGAUUUGUAUAAUAUCACAGCAAAGCGGUUGGAAUAUAAAUUUAAACGUACACUCAAAUAUGAUUCCAAGUGGUUGGACAAACCUAACUUUGUUGGCUCUUUUGACAUUGGCGAAUAUGUGUACUUCUUUUUCCGUGAAACCGCCGUGGAAUACAUAAACUGUGGCAAAGCGGUUUAUUCACGUAUUGCUCGAGUGUGCAAGAAGGAUGUCGGUGGAAAAAAUCUCUUGGCACACAACUGGGCUACGUAUUUAAAGGCGCGAUUGAAUUGCAGCAUAUCAGGCGAGUUUCCAUUCUACUUCAAUGAGAUACAAUCGGUUUAUCAGUUGCCAAUGGAUAAGACACGUUUCUAUGCCACAUUUACAACUAGCACAAAUGGAUUGAUUGGCUCGGCGGUGUGCAGUUUCCACAUCAAUGAAGUGCAAGCGGCAUUUAAUGGCAAAUUCAAGGAACAGUCAUCCUCAAACUCUGCUUGGCUACCAGUAUUAAAUUCACGUGUCCCAGAACCACGCCCUGGAACUUGUGUCAAUGAUACCUCAAAUUUGCCGGAUACAGUGUUAAAUUUUAUACGCUCACAUCCUCUUAUGGAUAAAGCUGUAAAUCAUGAACACAACAAUCCAGUCUAUUAUAAGCGGGACUUAGUCUUCACUAAGCUUGUUGUUGACAAAAUAAAAAUUGACAUAUUAAAUCAGGAAUACACAGUUUACUAUGUGGGUACCAAUUUGGGACGCAUCUAUAAAAUUGUACAGUACUACCGCAAUGGUGAAUCACUAUCAAAACUGUUAGACAUUUUCGAAAUUGCACAGAACGAAGCGAUUCAAGUGAUGGAAAUCAGUCAGGCACGUAAAUCGUUGUACGUUGGCACAGAUCAUCGCGUCAAGCAAAUCGAUUUGGCAAUGUGCAAUCGACGUUAUGACAAUUGCUUCCGGUGUGUGCGUGAUCCUUACUGCGGCUGGGAUAAAGAGGCAAAUACAUGUCGUCCCUAUGAGUUGGAUCUAUUGCAGGAUGUUGGCAAUGAGACAAGCGAUAUUUGUGACUCAAGCGUUUUGAAAAAGAAAAUUGUUGUUACCUACGGACAGAGCGUACAUUUGGGUUGUUUUGUGAAAAUUCCUGAAGUAUUGAAAAAUGAGCAAGUCACUUGGUAUCAUCAUUCCAAGGAUAAGGGCCGCUAUGAAAUAAAAUACACUCCAAUUAAGUAUAUCGAGACCACGGAACGUGGUUUAGUUGUGGUAUCCGUGAACGAAGCAGAUGGUGGACGUUAUGACUGUCACUUAGGUGGCUCUUUGUUGUGCAGCUACAAUAUAACCGUAGACGCGCAUAGAUGUACACCUCCUAAUAAGAGUAAUGAUUAUCAGAAAAUUUAUUCGGAUUGGUGUCAUGAAUUCGAAAAGUACAAAACUGCAAUGAAGUCCUGGGAAAAGAAACAAGCG